AGACAAAUCUCGCAUAAAUAAUCCUAAAUUGUCACGAGGUCAAUGAUUCAGUUCUGCUUUCUUUUGCCAAGAGUGAGAACCAGUGAGUUUGUUAUGCUGCUGGACCCAAUGGAAUUAUGGGUAACUCCUCCUGAAUGCUCAUUGGUUGAUGGCAGUUAUAGAAAUACAUUAUCUUGUCACGUGAUGGGUGACUAAGAAGCUUACAGGCGUUCGGGCAGAUUAGAUUUUGCUCCUUUAAUCUGGAAGAUUAUUGUCACACAAGCCUGAAACAUCCCUGGAGAGAACUGCAACUCAUUCACAGGAAUAUUUCAUCUUCUGAUCUUUUUUAAUUAUUGUGGGAUAUACAAUAAUAAGGAUAAGCACUACAGGACAGGAGUCCUGUUGAUCUCCUGUAGCGAUUGGAUAUUGGCAGAACUCAGCUAGUUCAUGCAAAGAUUUAGAUCAUCCUGGUCGGUGAAGCAUCUCGGUUUAAUACCACUUUGAGUGCAUGAUUUUGAAAACUACUGCAGGCUGGCAGCCAUAAGGAUUGGUGUCUAACAAUCUCAGCAGCAGGGCGACUACUUUCAGAGGACGGACACUCAUCAUUUUUUUGCAGAGAAGCUCCUGGAUGUCUGCCCUUCUGGAAUCCCUCUGGAAACCCUUGCAGAUGGUGGACUUUGGGUGUUAGUCGGGAGAUGCAGGAAGAACUUCAGGCAGCAGAAUCAGGGGAGAGCUUGGGCAGGCUGGGAGGGCCAACUGAGGCCUGUCCUGAUGCGGGGAUCCCGGGAACACCCAUGGUACCUAAUCUCUUUUCAAGUUCCCAGCCAAGGAGCAGACAGAGGCAGAGGGAGGAGGACAAUGGGGCCAGAAGCCUGGAUGAGGACAGCAUCCAGGGCCGCACCUCUGCUAGCCUGGCCCUGGAGGAGCCCGCCGUCCUGCUGGCCGACGGCAUCGAAGACGCCGUGGACAUUCGGGGGCUGAUGAAAGCGCCUGGCUGCGGGAAAACAGUCCGCUUUCAAAUACCACUGGCGGUGACUGAACACAAUGAAGAGAGCCUGUUUCCAGACUGGCAGCCUGAAGAAUGGACGACCUCCAUCUUUGAAGAGUUAUUCUCCGCAGAAGACUGGGUGGACAUCACAGAUGACGGACUACUGAGGAAGAAGAUUGUACAACAAGGCCUUCAGCAGUGGACCCGGCCCGUCUGGGGCCAGGAGGUCACCGUCAAGCUGCAGGGGAUCCUGGAGGACAGGACUGUGGUGGAGAAAGACUCCAAACUCGUGUUUGUCACUGGAGAAGGAGACGUCCACCAGGCCUUGGAGCGAUGUGCCGUGUCAAUGCAUCCUGAGGAAAUCUCGCUUCUACUCACCAACUCCCAGUACGCUUACGGACGUCAGGGAAGAGACCCUGAUGUUCCAGCCUGGGCCUCUCUGCUCUAUGAGGUCCAACUCCUGGGUUUCAGGGACAAACCAGACCCCCUGACUCUCUCGAUCCCGGACCGCAUACGGAUUGGCAACCAGAAACGGGAGAGAGGCAACUUCUGCUUUCAGAGGGAGGACUACAGCAUGGCUGCUAGAGUCUACUACAUGGCCCUGGAUGUCCUGACCACAACAUCCAGAGACUGGGACAGUGCACUGGAGACGGAGAUGGAGGAGGAGGUACGGGGAUACCACAUCAAGUGUCUCAAUAACUUGGCCACAGCGCAGCUGAAGAUGGAGCAGUUUGAUGAGGCUCUGAGCACCAGUAGGGAUGUACUGGCCCUGGACCCCCUCAAUGUCAAGGCCCUCUUCAGGAUGGGAAAGCUGCUGUCGGACAAAGGGGAGCUCGGCGAGGCUCUGGAAACGCUGAAAAAGGCCCUGAAGCUGGAGCCUUCCACCAAGGCCAUCCACGUGGAGCUGUCGAAGCUGGUGAAGAGACAGGCCAGACAGAACGAAACUCAAACGUGGAAGCGGAAACCCGCGCAGGUCUUCAGGGAAAACAUUGUACCGUUUUCAAAAUCGUCAGAGAAGGAUGCUUCAGAAAUUCCUUGGAAGUUCCUCUUUGGUGCCCUGGCAGUAGCCUUCGGAAGUUUGCUGACAUCAGUGAUACUGACCACGAGGAAUUAACUCACAGCUCACCUCCUGAUCAGGAGCAGGACGAAGCUCAAAGCAAGUGUGUCCUGGAGAAGGGAAAGUAGAACGUGCACACCUAUACUUUCUUACAGGAGGAGAGCCUGAACAACCUUGUCUGACUAAAGAAUCCAUGGGCACGCUCUGUUUUAAAGAAGUCUGACACUGACUAUGACUUAAUACACUAGAUCUGUCCAGA